CAUGCGUCAUCUAUAAUCGACACCAACCUCGACCAUGGCUGCUCAGGAAAUCGACGCUGAUUCUGGAUCUGAAUUCGAUGAUGAUUUGGCUUUGCAGUUCUAUCGAGAUCGCCCCGAGUGGAAUGACAUUAUACCAAUUCCUCAAGAUGAUGGGCCUAAUCCUGUAGUCCGAAUUGCGUACUCUGAAAGAUUUCAGGAUGUGUUUGACUAUUUGCGAGCCGUACUGAAAGCAGAUGAACGCAGUGAGAGGGCGCUAGAUCUCACCAAGGAUGCUGUGGAGCUCAACGCUGCUAAUUAUACUGUCUGGCACUACAGGAGAGUGCUAUUACAAGCACUAAAGAAGGAUUUACGGGAAGAAAUGAGAUACAUCUCAGAAAUAAUUCAAGAUCAUCCCAAGAAUUAUCAAGUUUGGCAUCACAGGAGAGCUAUUGUUGAAUGGCUCAAGGAUCCAUCAAAUGAGUUGAACUUUACUGAAUCCAUCCUGGAGAAAGAUUCCAAGAACUACCAUGCAUGGUCUCAUCGUCAGUGGGUCUUACAAACAUUCAAACUAUGGGAUGGUGAGCUAGACUAUGUACAUAAACUCCUCCUGGAAGAUCUUAGGAACAAUUCAGCUUGGAAUCAGAGAUACUUUGUCAUGAGUAAUACAACAGGCUUCAGUGAUGAGAGUGUAGUAGACAGAGAAGUCAAGUAUGCAAUAGAGUUCAUCAAGAAGGCCCCCAACAAUGAGAGUUCAUGGAGCUAUCUCAGAGGUGUUUUAGCUCUGAGAGACAUUUCUAGUUUUCCUGGCUUGAUGCAAACCUGUCAGGAUAUGUACAGUGAGAACGUCAGAUCUCCAUUUCUACUAUCCUUCAUUAUUGACAUAUAUGAAGAACAGUUAGAGUCCAAAACCUUUCCAGAAGAUACACUACUUAAAGCUACUCAGCUAUGCGAUGUCUUGAUCCAAGUGGAUGCUAUCAGAUUGAAAUACUGGGAAUACAUCAAAAGAUCUCUCACUCUUCGCUUUGGAAAACAAGGAGAAGCAUGAUUUUUGUGUACAGUAAAGAAAUCACACAAGUGUUGCUCUUAAGAAACAUGGAGAUUCUGUAUAUGUUUUAAAAUGUGCUUUAUUUUUCUUGAGUCUACAUGAUAGUGGAGAAUGGAGAAGUGGAAUCUAAACCAAGGCUAAUUUAUUAUGUUAUCAAUCGAUCUCUUUAUUAAAGAGCCUACCAUACUCUGCCAUUCCUCUGUUAUGAUAUAUUAUCAUCAGUAUGAAUGAUCUUCUCCAUGUUGAUCUUAUGCCCAUGUCACUGUUAAGGUUCAUUAAGACACAAGGGGUAAACCUCUGUGAAUACUACUGUGGCUAAUGUAUGUAUUAUGAGCUUGGUGCACUUCACAUUCCUGUAUGUUAUACAAGCUAUGUGUUAUCCCUCUUCCUAUCCAUUGUUUCCUCUUGCCAUUCAUGUCCAUGCAAAGCUUUGCUUUUUCAAUGUUUUGAGGAUGUUUUAGGACAUUAUGUCUGGACAGGGCUUUAUGAAACAAUGCAGUCUACUUCCAUGGAGAGGUUUCAUAAGCCUCCUAGAGUGUGAUGAAUGUGAUUGGUGAAAUGUAGUUUUCACUUGUCAAUGAAAGAGUAUACUGCAUUUAUAUAAUAAAAAGCUUACCGUGCUCUGUCACGGUGCUCCUGUUGGUAUGUCAAGUAAAUCACAUUUUGUCAUGAAGAUGCACAUGUGUACGGUGCAUUAGUUUCUGUGAAAAAUGUUGGAAUUAGAUUGCCUUUAUAAUACUUUGGAGGACAUGAAUCCCCCCAAAAGCAAUUUAACUUGGUUUAGAUCUAGCAGUUGUCAUAUUCUAUCAAACUGCUGAAGAUACAUUUUUCACAUGAGCCAUAAAUGAUGAAGCAUGAACAUGUGUCGUGUUUAUGACAUAAGCAAAUCUCCAUGACAUGAUUUUUAUGUUGGUCAGUUAUGAGAUACAUGUACCAUGUGGAGUGUCUUGGGUAUUUGAAGUGAAACAGCAGGUAGAAUGUGAAAAGCCAAAUUAAUUUUCUGAUGUGAUCCGACAUUUACGUUUUGUUUCAAGCUUUUACUUCAUCAAAAAUUGGAUAGCAAUACGAGUUUUGGAUUAGUUUUGGGAUAAUUGUAAGGUUUAAUGUUGGUUGACUGCGGAGCAUCUGUUGGUUGCCAGUGCAUGUGUGGUAUAAUUAAUAUGUAACUAAACUAGAUGAGAAUUACUCAUCAGCCAACCCUUGUGCUACAUAGAUGUAGAUUUGAAUGCAUAGUGAAUUGUUGAUCAUUCAGAAUAUAGAAUCCUAAUUUUGCUAAGCAAAGGAUUUACAUUAGAGAAACUUAAACAAAGUUUGCUGAUACACAAUAUACUGAAAUGCAGCAAUGUGUAUAUGCAAAUAUUGGACAUUCUAAUGUAGUGUAGUUUAGUGUCAUUAUAUUUCUGACUAUCUCAUCUUACAUGGCUUAACACUUUAUAGCUUUUGUACAUACAUGUAUAUAUUGUUUCAAAGAUAUCUUGCAGAUUUGAUUGUUUUUGUCAUUUUUUUACGCUUGAUGUAAAUUUCAUUUGCUUCUUUAACAAUUUGAUUUGUUUUGAUCAGAAGUCUUCACCACCACUACCAGUAAUCAGAACCAUUUGAAAGUGGUAGAAUGCAGAAAAUCUCACAUUUCUUCAUAAAUGUUGUAAAAUUCAUUAACAAAAAAUACCCAAUGCCCCAAGAUUUAAUCUUAAUGGGGUGUCUAACUGUAUACAGCUGUUUUCCCCUUGCUGAUGAUAGAAAAUGCAUUGUGUAAGGACUUGUAAGUCAGGCAUUUCAUGUGAUAGAUCCUCAAUCAUCUCCCAAAAGUUCAAAACUCAUAACAUUGAAUAAGGACCGGCUAGGCCCCGUCUUAUAGAGAGUUGCAAUUAUCCAAAUCAAUUGCAAGUCCACUAAUAAAUCACAAUGUUGCAGUCCUCUAUCCGUACAUAUAAAUGAUUUAUACCAAUCGGAAAUAAGCUGCAAUUGAUAUCAACUCUUUAUAUGACAGGGCCCUGGCUUUCUCAUUAAUACUUGGUCAUCACCAGUUGUAUACAUUAAAUGAUCAUGCAAAUUCACAAUGCUUGUAUUGUGGACAUAGUGGAUGUUCAUGUAAUUAAUACAUGUAUUUUGCUCUAUUGUAAAUCUGUGAUAAAAUCAUUUUCUUUGCAAAAGUAUUUACAUAAUGUGGCUGUGUUGUUGAUCUUUAAUGGAUGAAAUGUGAUUAAACAAGGCUACAAACAUCAUUUUACAUA